AUCCGACUCUAAUACUUCGUCUGUGCAUAGCGGCCCUCAGACUGUUUCGGCUUUGUGAGGGCAGGGUCACAGGAGUCCAGCGAUGUCGAAUCAACUGUCUAUACCGUUCAAGAAGACUUAUAACGUUCCAUUGAAGCAAGCGGCACGCGACUAUAUAUACUCCAGGCAUACAGACACACACCCCGAUGCAUUCAAGUGGGACUUGAAUGAGUGGGACACAUCAAGAAAAGAAGGCGUUGGUGGUAUUGUUCGUGUUGAUCGCAUUGAUCCAGCUGUGCGGUAUCAUGCACAGCUUGUGUUCAUCCUAACCAAACUACCAGUUGACAUCGGCUUGGAGAUCCCAUAUGCACCUGCAUUUUCUCCUUCUUCCUUGCCCAUAACGUUAAAGAACCUUGCAUAUGAACGGGCGGCAGUCGUCUUUAACCUAGGGGCAUUGUAUUCUCAAUUAGCUUCCUCCGAAGACAGAUCCAAUGCCGAAGGCAUCAAACGUGCUUUGGCCCACUAUCAGAAUGCCGCUGGAACCUUCGCCUUCUUAGCCUCUUCGGCAGUUCCACCUCUUCGAAAUACCCUUCGAGAAGAGGAACAGUUGCCUCUCGACUUGACUGAAGCGUUCGUCAAGAGUCUUGAGUCACUGAUGUUAGCUCAAGCUCAGGAAUGCACAUGGCAAAGAGCAAAACUAGACAAUUAUAAGAACGGCGUAAUUGCUAAGUUAGCUGCCAAGGUCGCAUACUUCUACGAAGAAGCCGUCACAGCCAUCCGGGAGGCCUCACCCGCCAUUAAGCACGCUUUUCCAUCGACCUGGAUACCUCACUGUGAGGCCAAGAGAUAUCACUUCGAGGCCGUGGCACAGUAUAGAAAAAGCGUUGAUGAUUUGGAAGUCUCCAGAUAUGGACACGAGCUGUCGCGCUUGAACCAAGCGAGCAUGUUAGCCAAAAAGGGCUACGACAUUGCCAGACGUGCUGGGAUUGCUCCAGCGGUUGUGCAGGACGUCAAAUCCUUGUUAGAUGAAGUCCAGAAGAAUAUCGCGCGAGCGGAACGAGAUAACGAUCUGAUCUAUCAUCAAGACGUGCCUGCCCCGUCUGCCUUGCCUGUAAUAGCCGGAGCAGCGCUCGUCGGUAGUAAUACACCGACCGGUCUAUUACAACCUUCAACUGUUAUUGGUGAUGGUGGUGUCAUCUUCGGAGAGCUUCUUGCUUGGGGUGCCCGUGAAGCAGUAGACAUCUAUCAGAAUCGCAAGGAAGAAACGCUGAAAGAUGGCGUAUUCGACCGAGCGCAGGAACUCGACGAUAAAGCUCGAGAGACCUUACGCACACUGAACUUGCCUGCAGCUCUUGAGGCACUGGAGAAGCCUGUAGGACUGCCACCAAGCUUACUAAAGAAAUCAGAAGAAGUGCGACUUGCUGACGGUCCGGCUUGGAUUGAAACGUCUGUCGAGGCAGUAAAGAGGUUGGCAGCACGCAAUACCGAAGUCUUGAACGAAGCUCUAGAUAUCCUCGAUCAGGAAGCUGAAGAAGACGAAGACUUCCAGCGAGAUAAUCCCAGCAUACGGCCCCCAUCCCACGAAGCCAAUAAGGACCUUAUUAGUAAGGCGGAUCGUUACCGAGCUAUCUUAUCGCAGGCCGUGGAAAGUGAUGAAGUUGUGCGCCGCAAGUGGGAUGACUGGGAGAGGAACAUUAUUGAACUCACUUGGGAUAAGGAAGAUUUGGAGGCGUCGAUCCCGUCAAGCACCGGACGCGCGGCAACUUCGAAUCAGACGCAGGCGAAUGCAAGAGCUCUAAGGGUCUUAUUGGAAAACUUGGACGAUGUAAUACGUACCCGGUCUCAGCUUGUAGAGAGAGCCCGGAGACUUGCUGAAGCCGAUGACAUCAAACCCAGAAUACUCAAGGUCGCUGGGAACAUUGCGCAAUGGAAAGAAGUGACUCCAGCAAUGUUCGAGAACGAUUUUGACGAAGAACUGGCGAAGUACGAGAAGUUCCGGCAGGGCAUUGACGACGCAGAGAAGCAACAACAAGAGCUGUUAACAGCUAUCAAGGCUCGGAACGACUCGUUCCUGCAGUCUCGCAGAGAAGACCCGAAUGUCAAGGAGAGAGAGCAUGCCCUGCAGUCUCUUGACUUGGCAUAUCACAAGUAUAGAGAAAUCAGAAGGAACCUUGAAGAGGGCAUACAAUUUUACAAUGACCUGGCUGGUAUGCUGGCCGAAUUUAGGGAGAGCUGUAAGGAGUGGGCCAGACGACGACGACAUGAAGCUCGAUCAAUCGUGCAAUCGAUGAGUUCUCUGUCAAUCGGGGCACCAUCCCCGGAGCAGCGGGAUGACCAUGUCACCACUAAUAGUGAAAUAUCACCGUUGCCUUCACAUGAUGCGCACCCUCCCUUGUCACCUGUGCCGUCACGAAAGGGACCAGCCGCUCCCUUCAACUUGCCUCCUCCAGAUUCAGGCGAUUGGGAAGAGAUGGAUUUGCCGCCCGGUCCGCCAGUACCUUCGACACCCAGGACUAGGAGGGGAGGGAAGCGUAAUAAGUAAUCGCGCGAAUGGGUUAAUAGAAGCUGUAUCACACAACAGGGUUUGCUGCUUCAUUGGCU